AUGAGCUGCAACUGGGCGGCGGGUCCGGCAAGCUUUGGAAGCCUCGGCUCAUCAUCUCCGCAACGGCCUUGCGCAACUGCUGGACGGGCUCCGAACCGAUCGAGCCUUGAUGGGGCGCCCUGCAUACGAAACCAGGGCUCGGGUUGCGGCGAAAUUGCCACAGAGAAUUCGCCCGAAGCCGAUGUUGUGUCGGAAGAGAAAGCCAAGCGGAAGCUCCAGUUCAUCAGCGAGAAGUACGAGGAGCUCAGGAAGCUCCACCACGAGCAUGCAGCUGCAGAAGCUCGCAGCACAGAAGCGACGCUCAACAGCCUAAAGGCGGAAGCUCGUGAGCUUUCUGGGCAAGUGGACGAUGCCACAGGCGUGGAGGAGCGCAUGCAGGCGCAGCGUGUGGAGGCUGAAGCCAAGCGAAGCGCUGCCGCCUGGCGUUUGCAGUUGGUGCAGUCAGUGCUGAGACUGCGGGAAGCGCAG